AUGACCAAAUUAGAAGAAGGAUAACAAAAAUUAUCUAACUAAGUUAAAAUAAAAUGCUAAAUCAAUCCAAAUAUUUCUUCAAAGACUUUUUAAAAACCUCAAAAGUAAUGCUUUUAUCGCUAUAUUAACUCUCAUGACUUAGGUAUAUAAGUAUGUACUUAGUAACAAAGUAAAUAAAAACAAUGCUCAAUCCGCUUAAUAAAUAAUAACAUUUAAAAUAAUUAGUCAUCAUAAUUUACAUAAUUUACUUAAGAAUUCUAUUCUAACUAAUUCAUUAAAAACUUUUAUAACUAAAAUUUGGUCUAGAUUUAAUAGUAAAACUAACAUGGUACUGCAAAAAAAAUGUUGUAUAAAGCAAUAAAAUAAGUAGAAACAACUACAUAAUCAUCAUCAUAUAAAACUGAGAUGACAUCAAGAAACAAUUAAUUUACUAAUUAAUAAUUACUAAAUACUAUGACAGACUAUUUAUAUUCAAUAAAACCGCAGUUCCUCAAUUUAUUUUCAAUCUACUCAGAUGAAGCUAUCAUGUUGAGAGUUAAGAAAGAUUGCUAAAAUUCUUUAGAUACAAUUGUUUACUAAAUUUUUUAGAAGUUUUAUACAGCAGCAAUAGAAAAGCUAAAAAACAAGUUUUUCAAAAAAAAUAAUAGGAAUAAUAAUGAAGAGUAAAAUAAAUUGAAAGCUCAAAAGCAGAGCGAAUAUCACAAUUUCAAAAACAGCCUUAUGAAGAUUAUCAUUUAGUUAGUUUGCCCUUAAAUUUUGGAUUGUUUUGAUCUCAGCCAAUAUGAAAAAGAGUAAUUAAUUGAAAUAAUAUUAAGAGACUUAUAUCUUAAAGUAUUUAAGUUAGAUAUUUAAGAAUUACAUAAUGUAAAUUUUACUGAUAUAAUAAAAAUUAAUCGCUUGAAAUCUAUCUUUGGUUAAAUAAUAAAUGAAUGUCUCAAUAUCGCAGAAAACUAAAUUUCAGGAAACUCCAAAAAUAAAAUUAAUAUAAGUUAAAAUGACUAACUCAAAAGUCGCUAUUUUUACAUUGGUAAAGUAAAGAAAGGAAUAUAAAAACUAUUGAGAGGUAAAAAAGUAAUAAGGUUUUGA